AUGUCGACGAUCACGGAGAUCACCAGUCUCGCCGACUGGGAGAAGCACAUCGCCUCCACACCGCCGUCCACCCUCCACAUCAUCUCCUUCCACGCCCCGUGGGCCGCCCCCUGCGCGCAGAUGGCCACCGUCCUCUCGACCCUCGCCUCAGAAUACCCCGUCACCAGCCCCCCAGAGACCUCCUGGGUCUCCAUAAACGCCGAGGAGCUCAGCGAGAUUAGCGAGACCUACAAUGUCACUGCAGUGCCCUUCCUCGUCCUCCUGCGCAACGGCCAGGUCCUCGAGACCGUCAGCGGCAGCAGCGCCGUCAAGGUGCGCAAUGCGAUCGAGACACACGCCAAGAAGUCCGCCGGCGCCGGCGCGGUCACGGUGAACGGAAACCAGGGCGUCGAGAACGGGCCCAGCGCGAUGCAGGUCGACGAGCCCGUGGACCCGGCCAAGGCCAAGGAGGAGCUGUUCAAGAGGCUGGCGGACCUCGUCAAGGCCGCGCCAGUCAUGCUCUUCAUGAAGGGCACACCUAGCUCGCCCCAGUGCGGCUUCUCCAGACAGCUUGUGGCCAUCUUGAGAGAGCACUCCGUCAAGUACGGUUUCUUCAACAUCCUGGCAGACGACGAGGUGCGGCAGGGGCUGAAGGAGUAUGCGGACUGGCCGACCUACCCUCAGCUCUGGAUCGACGGAGAGUUGGUUGGUGGUCUGGAUAUUGUCAAGGAAGAAAUCGCAAACAGCGAUGACUUCUUGGGUCCUUACAGUAUCAAGGGCAACGAGACUGCCGCUACUUCAUAG